ACCACCUUCAGCUCCAGAGCUCAGCUCAGCUCAGCUAGCCAGCCAGCCACAAUGGCCCCGCUCUUCCUCCUCGCGCUCCUGCUCGUAGCGCCGGCGGUGUAUUGCUCGCCGACGAUGGUCAACCAGGGCGACCUGCAGGCGCUGCUCCGGGUGAAGCAGUCGCUGGGCAACCCCGCGACGCUCAAGACGUGGUCGGCCGCGUCGCCCAACUACUGCGCGUGGGACCACGUCCGGUGCGACGAGGCCGGGCGCGUGAACAACGUCUUCAUCGACGGCGCCGAUGACGUGCACGGCCAGAUCCCGUCCGCCAUCGCGGGGCUCACCCAGCUCAUGUCGCUCUCCCUCUUCCGCCUGCCGGGCCUGCAGGGCGCCAUCCCGCCCUGCCUCACCACGCUCGCCAACCUGCAGUUCCUCACCAUCUCCCACUCCAACGUCUCCGGCCCGAUCCCGGACUCCCUCGCCAAGCUCCACAGCCUCGACUCCGUCGACCUCUCCAACAACAUGCUCACGGGCUCCAUCCCAAACACCUUCGCCGACCUGCCCAACCUCCGCUCCCUCGACCUCCGCCGGAACCAGCUCACGGGCUCCAUCCCGGCGAGCCUCGUGCAGGGCCAGUUCCGGUCCCUCAUCCUCUCCUACAACCAGCUCACGGGCCCCAUCCCGCGCGACGACGCGCAGGACGAGAUCAACACCGUCGACCUCUCCCACAACAAGCUCACCGGCGACGCCUCCUUCCUCUUCUCCGAGGGCAGGCCCAUCGGCAAGGUGGACCUCUCCUGGAACAACCUCGACUUCGACCUCAGCAAGCUCGUCUUCCCCAAGGACCUCACCUACCUCGACCUCAGCCACAACCGCAUCAGGGGCACCGUGCCCAAGUCGCUCGAGCAGCUCUCCACGCUGCAGACGCUCGACCUCAGCUACAACCAGCUCUGCGGCCCGCUCCCCAAGCUGCACGGCGUCAUGCGCCACGGAUGCAAGCCCUACCUCCACAACCAGUGCCACAGCGGCGCGCCGCUCGAGGGCAGCUGCCACCAGCUCUGAGCAUCGAUCGAUCGCCGCCUCGCCGGCAGCGGCAGGCGUACGUACUCUAUACGGUGAAUGUCUUCUUCCCCUGCGUGCGUACGUACGUACGUGGCUGCACGUGUACGUGCGAUCUAGACAGAGCUUAAUCUGGGGUUCAGUAAACUAGUGGACUACCGCGCGCGUAGUGGUAAGGCCUGACACGCGGUCCUUAAGCUUUGUCCAUGACACGAUAGAGGUGUGUGGUGUGUGUGUACCAUCUGAAGAUGCGUGCUCAGUGUGCUCCUGUGUUUGCCUGAUGUAUCACAUAUUCACAUGUUAAAUGGUAAUUAUGUUUGCCGUA